GAAUAUCUAGACGAAAUGUGCAACUUGGCCAAUCUGCAUUUGUCCAGCUUAUUCGAUAACAUUCAGCAAGCGGACCAAUUUUCAAGUCAUCUUCCUGUAGACGCAAUAACUGGACGACAGAGCAGACUAGGCGUUGGCGGCCAUUCGACCUGCCCUCGCGUCAUAUCUGAUCACAACUUGAAUUAUCCCUCUCUAUCUGCUCCAAAGUCUAUGCCCUUUACCUCCACUCCUUUGCACAAAAGAUGUUUUCCUCAUAUACCGAAUACUUCGCCUGCCCACUCAGCCGCUAGUAUACGACCAAGCGCCCCUUGCAUUCCUGUUCCUCUUAUGACUCCUAGAACCGGGCUGUCACGCCGUACUCGUCGAACCCCUCAGCCGUUGGCUGUAGCCAAAUCUGCAGAUGAACAUAUAGGAUCUCCUACAGCACCUCGGUUACGUUCUUUCUCUCAUCUGCCAAGUUAUAAUUCCGUCCGCCAACCCUUGAUCUGCCAACUUGACCUUCAUUCAUCUCUUUCUAGCACACCAUCAGCCAAUUAUAGAAAACGGCCCAGGCCAGAUGAUUGCCUCCAAGGGGUAACCUCUCACGACUUUGAUUCGUCUGAAACUUCCAACCUGACAUUAAAUAAAGCUAAAACUCGUCAUGCUUGCGAUACAGUCUUAAGUAUUCCAGACGCUCAGCUUGAGACUGGUGAAACAGUUGGAGAUCAAGUUUCUGGCUGGGAAACGAGCUAUGAAAAUGACAAUGAAUAUUCUCUACUCGGCUCUCCUUUAGAAAGUAGCAUUGCUGAUGUGGUUAAGACACGGAGUCGAUAUUCCUCUCGCAAUUCCAGUGAUUCUACCACACCACUAAAUUCGCCAACAGGGAUGUUGCAUCGGCGGUCCACACGCGGACAAUCAAGACCCAAUUUAUAG